CUUGACCAAAAAGGUUUUUACGUUGACGUUGUGUCAAAAUAAUACAUCCAUCCAUUGUUGCUGUGUCGUAGUUAAUGUUAGCUAGCUAGUUUGUGUAACGUUUCAGUCAGUACAUUUACAUUUUCAUCUUUUUAAGUCUUAAUAAAUUCACCGAAAUACCAACAGCAGGCUGUUGCUGAAAUGCCAAAUCAAAGAGACAAGGCCACUGAUGAUUCCCCCUCUGACCUCCCCUGUCUGGAAAAACUUGACUCUCCCACAGGGAGCCCACCCACUGUCUCAUUAUCCAGUCUGAUGGAGCUGGAAAAUUGUGUUUCCAACCUGAACCUUGCGCAUGAGAUAGUGCUGAACAAAGACUUCUGCUUCAAACCCAGGAGCCCUCCGACAGACAGCCUGGAAGGCAGAGUGACGGAGAUAGUUCACCGGGCGUUUUGGGACAGUCUUCAAGAGCAGCUGAACAACGAUCCUCCAAACUACAGUCAUGCUGUCAUUCUGCUGCAGGAAGUCAAGACUAUCCUUCAGUCCCUGCUGCUACCCGCUCACGUCAGACUGAGGUCUCAGCUGGACGAGGUGCUGGACAUGGAGCUGAUCCAGCAGGAGGUCGAUCACGGAGCUCUGGAUCUCCACAGACUGGCGGGAUACAUCAUCAGCACCAUGGCAUCUUUAUGUGCACCCGUGCGAGACCCAGCGGUCAGGGCACUGAGGGACCUCAGGGACCCUGUGGAGCUCCUGAGGGAGAUCUUCCAUGUUUUGGGUCUGAUGAAGACCGACAUGGUUAACUUCACCAUCCAGAGCCUGAGGCCUCACCUGGUGCAGCAGGCCGUGCAGUACGAGAGGGCCAAGUUCCAGCAGAUCCUGGACAAGCAGCCGGCUUCUCUGGACGAUACCACCGCUUGGCUUCAGGCUGCAGCGUCAGAAGAGGCGGCGGCCGCCACAGCUCGGUCUGAGUCUCCCAGUCCUGACAGCCGAGGUCCUGUCAGCGCCACCGCUGUCCUCAACCGGGCCUACAUGAGUCUGCUACACUGGGACGGGCACGGCCAGAAAUAUCCCGAGACUGUGCUGAUGGACCGAGCCCGCCUGGACGCUCUGGGCCAGCGGCUCCAGAUGCUGGUCCUGGAGGCAUCGGUGCUGCUCCUGACCAAUGCUCAGUGUGGCGGCGCCGUUUUCUCCCUGCAGGGCUUUGUAGGUAAACUCAGGCAGUCCGUCACUGUCCUGCUGGAGGGCAGUCACACCAGGGAAGCUGACCUGAAGGGGGCGCUGCUGGGGCUCGGGGAGACAGUGCUGCAGCUGGUGACCCAAGCUGUGAGCGGCCACGAAGGAGCAACCCUGCCUCAGGAGAGCCAGGAUCUGCUGAAAGGACAAAUAUCUGAGCUGUGGAAGCAUAACAAUCCUGUCCGCACACUCAUAGGAGAAAGGGUACAGGGCUUCCUCCAGGCAAUGCUGCAGGGCGGCCCCUCUAAUAGGAGUCCAGAGCUUCCCACUCCCCUCAGGCUGGUGAGCGCUGAGCUAGCUGACCUGGGGACCGCCUUUGGGCAAAUCGUCCACUUCAACCGGACGGUCUUUGGUCCCUUCUACGCACCCAUCCUCAGGAAACUGCUGUUCCCACCAGGAGAGGCCGAGACCGGGGAGGACUCGCGCCAGGCUGAGGGCGAGCCAGACAACCUCCGGUGACUUUAACAUAAGAUGCCAUUUGCGAUUGAAUGUGUCGCUACAGAGUGUAAAUACUGGGAGCGGGGAAUGUUUUAAGGGAAAGACAUUUAUAGUCUGCAGAAAAAAAAUUAUAUUACUAUUAUAUUUUUUUCAGGUGUUUAAACAAACACAUCUAACGCAAAGCAUGAGGCAGGUACUUAAUUAUUACUGCAUUGGUGCAUCUUAACCAUACAUUUGAGUGCACAAACAUUAGGAAAACUAACAGACUGUGUAAAACAAAAUGAGUAGUAGUUUUCACCCGGACAAGAACAACAAACAGUUUGUAGUGUGUUAAUGAAAAGAGUCAUAACAAGAGAUUGAUUGAGGUUCUGAAAUGUUUCAAGAAGCUCAAAAGCCUGGAAAAACUAUUUGUUUUUGGUUUUCAGUUUACUUCAUCUCAUGGUAAACACCCUCAGGAAAAACAUUAAGUACCAAAGAUUAUGCUAGAUAGUUUGUAAAUAACUUUUAAUAUGUAGCUGGUUUCUCUUAUUAUUAUUAUAUUGACAUAUCUCUAUGUUGCACAGACAGUGUGCACCUUUUUCUGAAUUAACAAUUGUUUUUUUUAUUUUUAUUUUUACUUUUAUUUUUUUUGCACCUCUGAUAAUAAACCAAAACUAUACUUAAUGUUUCCCCUACAGCUGCUGGUCUUAGUGGGUGGUGUACCAAACAGGCGCUUAUUUGUCAAUAAAUAUCAAGUAUCAAUUUUC